AUGGAAGAAGAAGAAGAAUUUCAACAAGGUCACCAAAGCCCAGUACUUUCAUUUACUUCUGAUGAUGGUCAGGAUUCUUCACAAGAAGAAGGUCUAGAAGAUCCAAUACCAAGACUACUUGCCAUGAGUCUUGAUGCCUGGAGAGAUCCAUCUACUUUUCAAGAUUGGCUAUCUUUUGGUUCACAACCAGUCCUGACUGAAACCACCCUUGUUGGUUCUUUUACCACCACUAUUGUAGGCCACAGUGGUGCAAAAUUCAAUGAGCAUGAAUUGCUUGAAUUUGUCCGUUAUCAACAAUGCCCUUCUGAUAAGAAUGCUAUAAAGGUUUUAAAUUCUAGUUCUAGAGAAGUGGGCUACCUUUGUACUUCAGUUGCUAUGGUUUUAUCUCCUUUAGUUGAUAUUCUAAAAAUUAAUCUUGAAGGUGAGGUGAUUUGUUCAAGAUUUAAAUAUGAUACGUCUAUUCCUUGUGUAGUUACAAUUUUUGCAGAGUCAGCGGUUGCACAGAAUGCUAAAGAUUGGAUUUUACAACACGGGUUGCGUUUAUGUGAUCAACCUGGUACAAGUCUCAGGUCAUAUGAGGGUAUGGGGGUUCAAGAAAAGGGUAGGAUAGAGAAAUUGGGGAGUUUGGAACCACCAAAGAAUGUGAUUAAAGCUAAACUUCUUGAUCAUCAAAAGGAGGGCCUAUGGUGGUUGGUGACUAAAGAGAAGUCUGAUGAGUUGCCCCCUUUUUGGGAGGUGAAAGAUGGGUCGUAUCUGAAUGUUUUGACAAGGCAUCAAACGGAUAGGAGACCAGAGCCUUUGCAUGGUGGGAUUUUUUCUGAUCAUUAUGGAUCAGGAAAGACUCUGACUUUGCUUUCUUUAAUUGCUUUUGAUAAGAUUGGCAAUGUUACUGAAGGAACAGGAGAGGAGGACAGGGUAGUGUAUGUUUCUAGCGGGAAGAAGAGGAAGGGGGGUGGCAUGGUGAGUGAAAAGGGUACUGGAGAACAAAAAAUGCAUAGCCUUUUGGAUAGUAAUAUAAAAGAAAGUUCUGUGAGCAUGGCCGGGGAGUCUUCUAGUGCUUUGGUUGCUAAGAAAACACUAGUCGUGUGCCCUUCUGCUGUGUGUUCGACAUGGGAAAACCAACUGCAGGAGCACACUCAAAAUGGUUCACUCAAGCUAUACAAGUAUUAUGGGGAUAACAGGACGAAGGAUGCAGAGGAGCUUAUGAAAUAUGAUAUAGUGCUGUCCACAUAUAGUACCUUGGUUGCUGAAGGCUGUGAACCCACACGGUGCCCUUUGAUGAAGAUCGAGUGGUGGCGAGUCAUUUUGGAUGAGGCUCACGUGAUUAAGAAUGCAAAUGCAAAGCAGAUUCGGGAUUUUAGUAAAUUGACCGCUAGGAGGAGGUGGGCUGUUACAGGAGCACCCAUCCAGAAUGGAUCUUUCGAUUUAUUUUCCCUGAUGGUCUUUUUCCGGUUAGAUCCACUCUCCACAGAAUGCUACUGGCAACGACUGUUUCAGAAACCACUUGCUAAUGGAGAUGAGAAAGGGUUCUCCCGGCUGCAGGUGCAAUCUGUAAUAUUUAGGAUUACAGUUGCAGGAUCUCUUGUCCUACUCCACUGA